AUGAUUCAGGGAGGUCAGAGGGUGCCCGGGCAGACCCCUGCACUGGCAGCAGAGCCACCACCGGUGAGAGGGGACCCUCCUUUCACAGCCUUUCAAGGACACCCCGUCCCUUCCUACCCCCUGCCAAGUUUGGCAGAGGACAAGGCUGUGGCAAGUCUGUUCUCAAAUAUCUGGUUAUGGCGAGUUGUCACUGCAGUCCUUACUGCUGCUGUCAUUUUGAUUUUGUGCAUUCAGUUUGUAAACCGUUCUUCGGACCAAGAUUUUCCUGUCUGUCCUUCCCUGGAACUCUGUCCAUCAGGUUGGCUGUAUUUCCAGAGGAAAUGCUACUACCUCUCAGAGAAUGAAGCCAACUGGAACGCCAGUCAGAGCCUCUGCUCUUUGUACAAUGCUUCCCUCCUGGUGAUCGAAAAUCAUCAGGAACUGAGUUUUAUGGUGAAGAUAACAAAGCAAGAGCCGUGGAUUGGACUCUAUAAAAGAAAUGAAGAGUUCUUUUGGGUAAAUGGGAAAGCAUUAGACAAUGAACUGAUUGAAGUAAAAGGCUCUGGAAACUGUGCCUAUCUUGAAGCAAAAGGAGUCUCAGCCUCUGGAUGUUUUUUAACCAGGAAGUGGGUCUGUAGCUUGAAUGUUAGCUUAGCGCCAUGAAGGUGGAUGAAGCCACCACCCCAGACACUCAGCGCUCUGCUACGGUGUCUACAUGGGCUAUGUCUAUACUCUGGCACCUGGGAACGCAUCUCAGCUCCUGCCUGGAGGUGAAUGACUUUUCUGGUAGCCAGAAUUCUCCACCCAUGGAGGAAGCCUUCAUUUUUUAACGAUGUCAUUUAAAUGGCUUGCUUUCAGCAUCAUUUCCUUGCCCUGUUUUGCUAGCUACUGCUCAGCCUGUAGUUUCCUUUCUUUGUGUCAUCAGUAUUUCUACCAUUCACUCUUCUCAUGUGGGAUCCUAAGCAGCUGCUCUUUCUUUCUCCUUUUUGGUGUGCUACUGGAGGCAAUUGUUCUGCUUUUCCCUUUUUUCACAGCCAAGCUCUGUGCAGGGAUGGGUUGUGAAGUGGGUCCGCCUGAAGGUCUGCCAGUGCCUCGCAGACAGAGGGUGAUGCAGAGAUGAGCACUGUUGGUUUAGACAGGAUCGUUGCAGAUUUUGCUCUUCCGGUUUGAUGGGGUGCAUCUUGUGCAACUCUGCAUUGCGUUCAAUGUUUUGUUACUAUUAUUUUACAUUAUUCUCGUUAAAUCCGCUUGACAGUAUUAUCACUGGGAUUUAUGUAGCUGCAUUGGACCUGCAGUUCUCCUUCCCACAGCACUUAUCUUAGCAAAAAAAUGUCAGAAUAGAUAUUUAUUGAUCUGAGGAUCUGCACUGAUGGGGAAAAAGAGUUUGAACUGAAAAAGUGAUAGGCAAACCACAGGCAUUAAUGUUGUAAAGUUAGAAGUAGUACCCAGUGCGAAUAAACAAAAUCAUGAGUAGAGAACAAGUGAAUUAACAGCAAAGGACACUUCUCUGUGGUUUCCUCGUGUCCUGUUCCUGUCGGAGCAUGAGGCUUCUGAGCAAGUGGUACAUUUCUGGAUGGAUCAUCAGUGUUUUUACUUCUCUGCAUGCGCGUUAUUUUCAGCAGCAGCACCCAGUGCUGUUGAAUCUCUGUGAGCCUGAACAGAAUUAGGGCACAAUCCUGCGGAGCUCUGGGCACUCAUGUCUAGCAGGUACACUGACGGCUAAAAGUGGCGUUUGACCCAGAGGAAGUGAAGCAGCUUGUUUUCCUGGAGGGACUAUUCCUAUCAGCUUUGUAGAGAAGGAGGAAUGGGGAAUUCACAUGUAUAGCAUGGCGAAACACUUCCCUGCUCGGAAUAAAAUCUGGAAGAUUAAUUUUCUCGUGAUCUGGAUGCUAUAGAGAAGACUAUGGACUCCGCCAGACUUCUUGAAGGAGCAAGUGGAGCCAUUUUUGGAGUAGCCGCUAGAGCGCACUGUAGUUUCAGAGAAGGGAAGAUAAUUGUGUCUUCUCAUUUUUUAAGAAUGUAAAAUUGCACCUUGUGUGACAGGUUAUUUGAAGUGGUGUUGGUUCGUUGGUGGCUUUCGUCCUAUUUGUAAUUAUGUUUGCCUUCACUGUGUUCUUAUGCAACUUUAAUUGCUGACUGGUUUUGUUCAGUGUCUUGUUUAUGCCUUCAUUAUUUUCUGUGACAGUGGGACUUACUGUAACAGGACUGUGCAGUAUGGAUAUUGUUAACAACUUGUGACUUUAAGAUGUUUAUUUAUAUAUGAUCACUAAUUUUGCUGAACUACACUUUUUAUAUUGCUUGUAUUCUUUAUAGGCAAAGGAACUCUACAGUAUGAAUAGCCUAAUAAUCUAUGUGUUAAUUUAUAUGUAAUUAGUUGGGGGCAGGGAGGUAUUCUACAAUGUUUUUAAAAUAACUAGCUCUGAAGGAUAUGGUAUGUGCAAUAGU